CUAAUUCGAAACGCGGAACGGCGAAACGGCGAAAUAGCUCAAAUCAAAUUCAGACGCAUAUAAACAGUGUCGGAGAAAGCAAAGUUGGAAUAAAGAAAGAUAACCGUUAGCAAAAGAGAGAGACAGUAUGAAUAUAAAAACGGCUACGAGACCAAUAAAGCGACGACAAGACAACGUGGACGGUCGCCUAAAACUACGCCGUUUUCAUGUUACUUCACCUUCUUCAAUUCAAAAUCUCAAUUCCUCUUCUAAUGCCAUCAUUUCCUUUGGAUUGGCCGGUUGAAUAUCUUGAAAUUUUCUUGAUUUUUUCUCCCUCUUUAUUUAAAAAUUCAAAUCUAGGUGAUCCAUUGAUUCUCUCUAAACUAGUUAUUGCUUUUCAAUUGGAUCUAGUCUAUUUAUGUUUUUUUUCUUUGAUAGAUUUCCUCCUUGUUUUUAGCUUCUCUCAUUGAUUGGUGGCAAUUUCGGAUUUUGAAAUUUUUGAUUGCAACAACAAGGGGUAUGCGUAUAGAUUGGUUAUUGUAAUCUGGGUUUUCAGUUUACUGUAGUUUGGGUCAUUUCAGAAUCGAAUUUGGUGAAGCAGUGUUUUCUUUUGGUCCAAUUGGUAUUUUGCUUUGCUGUUAAGGGUGCUCCAGUGUUUUUAUAAUUAAUCAACUGUCAGCUUUGUAUUGGAUUCAUGUGCAAUGCAAAGAUCACGUAGAGCUCUUCUACAAAGAAGAGCUUUUGGGAAGGCUAUUAGUGGUAGAACUUAUAUGUGCAAGGUUUCAAUUUCCUUGUUCUUUGUUUUGUGGGGGCUUUUCUUUCUCUUCAGCUCAUGGAUCAGUCGUGGUGAUGGUUACAGCGAUGAACCUGUAGCAGUUCCAGUUGGCAUAUCAACUUCGAGUGAAAAGAAUUUGCAACAUUGUGAACUUUCCAAGUCUUUGGACAAGAAUCUGUUAAAAGAAAUUGGUUCUGUCUAUUCAGAUGAAAAUUUUUGUACAGUGAGUGCUGAAACUGGCGUCUAUGAUUAUGAGGUACUUGGGAGAGAAGGAAACAUUAAUCAUCCCUUUGUUUCUGAGCAACCUGAGGCGAACCCUGGUUCAGAUGCAAAAUUUGGAAAUAACGGUUCAAACAUCAAUCAUGCCUUUGUUUCCGAGCAACCUGAGGCAAGCCCUGGUUCGGAUGUGAAAUUUGAAAAUAACAUUCCAAAGACUGACAGACUAUCUCAUUCUGUACCCCUUAGCCUCGAUGAAUUCAAAAGCAGAUCAUUCAGCUUUAAAAGUAAAUCAGGAAAUGGUCAAGCUGGAGGUGUGGUUCAUCGAGUAGAGCCUGGGGGUAAAGAAUGCAAUUAUGCUUCAGCAUCAAAGGGAGCAAAGGUAUUAGCUUUUAACAAGGAAGCAAAGGGAGCUUCCAACAUCUUAGGCAGAGACAAGGAUAAGUACCUUCGAAAUCCAUGCUCUGCUGAAGAGAAAUUUGUUAUAAUAGAACUUUCAGAAGAAACCUUAGUAGAUACAAUCGAAGUUGCAAAUUUUGAGCAUUAUUCUUCUAAUUUAAAAGAUUUUGAGUUGCUUGGCAGCAUGGUUUAUCCAACAGAUGCAUGGUUCAGGCUUGGGAAUUUCACAGCUGCCAAUGUUAAGCUUGCUCAAAGGUUUACUCUUCAAGAGCCACAGUGGGUGAGAUAUCUGAAGCUGAAUCUUCUCAGCCAUUAUGGUUCAGAGUUUUAUUGUACUCUAAGUGUUGUUGAAGUUUAUGGAAUUGAUGCUGUUGAUCGAAUGCUGGAAGAUUUGAUCUCUGGAGAAAAGGAAGUUCUUGUGUCAGAAGAGGGAACCAGUGAGCAGAAACAAUUACCCUCCAAAACAGAGUCUCCUCAAGUUGUUGAUUGUGAUCAAGAACUGUGCUUAGGAACUGAAUCUGUCUCUUCGCUUGAAAACUCAAAUCUGAGGCAUGAUGUGCCAGAUCCAGUGGAAGAAAUUCGUCAUCAACAAGGAGGCAGAAUGCCUGGGGAUACUGUUCUUAAAAUACUGAUGAAGAAAGUUCGUUCUCUGGACUUAAGUUUGUCUGUUUUGGAACGAUACUUGGAGGAGGUGAAUCACAGAUAUGGAAAUAUUUUUAAAGAAUUUGACAAAGAUUUAGGAGAAAAAGAUGCACUUUUAGAGAAGAUUAGAUCUGACAUAAAGAAUCUCCUUGACAGCCAAGAGGCCAUAGCUAAAGAUGUCGAUAAUCUUUCUUCUUGGAAAUCCCUGGUUUCUACACAAAUGGAUAAUAUCCUCGAGGAUAAUCGUGCUCUCAGGUCAAUGGUUGAAGGGGUUCAAGACAAACAAAAAUCAAUGGAAAAUAAGGGUAUAGCGGUGUUCUUCAUAUGCUUGAUUUUUGGAUUUUUAGCUUUUGCGAGAAUAUUGGUAGAUAUAUUGCUGAGUGUUUAUAAUGCUUUUAGUGUUCAAAGAACAGAGAAGUCCGGGAAAUUUUGUUUGAUGAGCUCUUCCUGGCUCUUGUUACUGUUGAGCUGCAGUAUUAUUAUGUUAAUAUUAUCAUUAUAAUGUUGUCAAAACCUA